GCUCGCGCCUUGCCGGCCUCCAGCACCCCGAGACGCCCCAGGUCGGCCCAGGCUCCUCCGCAGCCCGCGUGGAGUGGGGGGGGAGGGGCGCAGGGGAAGCAGCCUGGCACGGACGGGGUGCGCCCGGCGAGGGGCGGCGCGGGCUCCAACUCGCCCUUUACAACCCCAGGCUGUCGUCCCUAACCCCCAAGUCAUCGCGUAGGGCGAGGGGACACCCGCCGGUCCCGGGGCUCGCUCGGGCCCUCGCUGCCCCUUUAAGGGUUCCCGAAACUUUCCCUCUGAUAGCAGAGCAGCCUCGUCACAUCCGCUGGCCGUGGCUCCGGGGGCCGCGUUCAGAGCAAAGUCAGGACCCGAGUUUCCCGGGGAAGGGAGGGACGCGGCCCGGGACGGGCGCCCGCGCGCGGUGCACGCCCAGGGGGACCCGGAGCGCCCCCAGCCUCCGCCUCGGCGGGACCCCCGCGCUGCCCCGCGCCGAUGGCCUGGCGCUCGCCCUGGAGCCCGCCGGCGCCGCCGCCAACUUCUUGGCCAUGGUGGACAAUCUGCAAGGGGACUCCGGUCGCGGCUACUACCUGGAGAUGCUCAUCGGGACCCCGCCGCAGAAGCUACAGAUUCUCGUCGACACUGGAAGCAGCAACUUCGCCGUGGCAGGUGCACCUCAUUCCUACGUCGACUCCUACUUCGACUCGGAGAGAUCCAGCACGUACCGGUCCAAGGGCUUCGACGUCACCGUGAAGUACACUCAAGGCAGCUGGACGGGCUUCGUGGGCGAGGACGUGGUCACCAUCCCCAAAGCCUUCAACAGUUCCUUUCUUGUGAAUGUCGCCACUAUCUUUGAGUCGGAGAAUUUCUUUCUGCCUGGGAUUAAGUGGAAUGGGAUCCUCGGGCUUGCGUACGCCACGCUGGCCAGGCCCUCAAGCUCCCUGGAGACGUUCUUUGAUUCCCUGGUGACACAGGCCAAGAUCCCCAACGUCUUCUCCAUGCAGAUGUGUGGGGCCGGAUUGCCAGUAGCCAGAUCGGGUACCAACGGAGGUAGUCUUGUCCUGGGCGGGAUUGAACCAACUUUGUAUAAAGGAGACAUCUGGUAUACCCCCAUUAAGGAAGAAUGGUAUUACCAGAUAGAAAUUCUGAAACUGGAAAUUGGAGGCCAGAGUCUGAACCUGGACUGCAGAGAGUACAACGCAGACAAGGCCAUCGUGGACAGCGGCACCACGCUGCUGCGCCUGCCCCAGAAGGUGUUCGACGCCGUGGUGGACGCCGUGGCCCGCACUUCCCUGAUUCCAGAAUUCUCUGAUGGCUUCUGGACGGGUGCCCAGCUGGCCUGCUGGACGAAUUCGGAGACGCCCUGGGGCUACUUCCCGAAGAUUUCCAUCUACCUUCGAGAGGAGAACUCCAGCCGGUCUUUCCGCAUAACCAUCCUGCCUCAGCUUUACAUCCAGCCCAUGGUGGGCGCCGGCCUGAACUACGAGUGCUACCGCUUCGGCAUCUCCCCGUCAACCAACGCGCUGGUGAUCGGGGCCACGGUGAUGGAGGGCUUCUACGUGGUCUUUGACCGAGCUCGCCGGAGGGUGGGCUUUGCAGCAAGCCCCUGUGCAGAGCUCGCAGGCGUCCCCGUGUCCGAGGUGUCCGGGCCCUUCUCCACCGACGGCAUCGCCAGCAACUGCGUCCCCUCGCCCGCCCUGAACGAGCCGGUGCUGUGGAUCGUGUCCUACGCGCUCAUGAGCUCGUGCGGGCUCAUCCUGCUGGUCCUCCUCGUCCUGCUGCUGCUCCCCUUCCGGUGCCGCCGCGCGCCCCGCGACCCCGAGGUGGUCAACGACGAGUCCUCGCUGGUCAGGCAUCGCUGGAAAUGACGCGAGCGCGGGGGUCGGACCCCGGCGACCCGGACCCCGGCGCCCCCGACUGCGGGGCGGCAGGCGGGGCAGGUUCUCCCUCCGUGCGCGCGGUUCUGCGCCCAGGCGCCUCCGCGUGCCCGGUAGCUCCGUUAGUCUUGAUUUUAAGCUUCCACUUUUUCUUUCCUACUUCCGAGGAAAAAAAUGAGCAUAAUAAUAAUAAAAGAAAAACGCCUUAUUCUAAACCAAAACAGAGUGAAUUGGGCUUCGGGCUCAUGGCACGGGUGAUGCCAGGCUUUCUGGACGUGCCACCCGAAACAGGCGGUAGCACUCUGCGGCUGGUCACGCUUGGAGCCCCGCGUGGUGUGGUUUCUAACCCGCUUCGCUGACAGGAAGCUUUUGUAUUAACCACGUUUCAGGGCGACCUGUGCCAGGCCUGGCCCUGGCAUAGAAGGCUUGGCACAGUGGCAGAGAAAUGAGUCUGGAGGCGCCGUGGUGGAGCCGCCUUGCUCUCCCCCAGCCUCUCGGGGGUCCCUGGCCUCGGCUGGGGCGGCCCCUGGAGGAGACACCAGCCCACCUGCGCCAGCCUGUCCCGCAGACAGAAGGCUGUGCCCGCCGAGCGGUGUGGGGUGACAGGCGAUUGCCCAGCAGGGAUGCUCCUGGGACGUGGUCCUUAUAAAAGUGAAAGCACCACCUCUCUGUGGCGUUGCCAGGGGCCCUGGGCACGGUGGGGUGCGGGCAGCCUGAUGCCGCAAGAUCCCUCCCCCGGCGCAACCUCGCUGGUGCGACCACACUGGUUUUCUCUUGCUCUAGAUUAAGUAGCGCUUCGAUGAGGAUCACAAAGUCUGUUACUAGUGCCGUUCCUCUCCAAAUCUUCCCUGGAGGUGGCUUAGUUAUUACCCUCGGCACAGAGAAACGGCCGGUUGCCCCGGCUUGUCACUGGUUGUCAGGAAGGAAGCUCCAAGGUGUGGCAUUGUUCCCGCGUUUCCUCUGCACCCACCCAGGCUCACGGGUGCCAUCUGAAUCAUUCAGUGAACGCCGUGAGCGCUGACUUCUUCCCUUCGAGGCGCUCAGCUUUGGAGACAGGGUUCAGUAAGGUCCCUGUGUGGGGGACACAGCACCUGCUAGCAUUUAUUUGAGGGCUUUGCCAGAGGAAGGUGGUGCCUUGAACUCUAACCAGCCUCAUGCAGUCCCCCAAGGCGGUGCCCCCAGUUUGCUGCGAGAAAUCUGAGGCCCUGGAUAGCAGGGGGGAGUGAGGCUGUGCCGCCCGGCGGUGCUGGCGCGUCAGGCUCACGGCGCUGCCCUCGGAAUCCCGACGCCAGCGAGACCCGUUCCAGGCAGGGGAGUUGGAUGAUGUCUGACACGCCGCUCUGUAUUCCAUAUCACAGUUCUCUACCUUUACAUCUCCGAUGCCCCUGGAUGUGACAGUGGAGUGGGACACUUACAUUGCAGAAAUGUCCCUUAGCAACAAGAGUGAAUUGGUUGAACUGGGGACAUUUUCCCGGUGUGCUUUGCCGCUGAAGAUUAGACUUGGAGGCAGGCGUGCGAUGCAGACGCCCAGCCUGCUGGAGCUGUGCCGGCACGUCCUUUGCUUAGCAGACUCCAGGGCAGAACCCAGGGCAGUUGACUCUGAGUGGAAAAGGGAGUGGCGACCCUCGGAGGGAGUGGUUUCCCCUCGCAGCUCACCCUGGAAAAUGCUAGAAGACAGAUGUCUCUGGAAGCGUCAGCUCUGUGGUGGGAAACACGUUUUGAGGUGGGCAGUCUUCCCUUAAAUCAGACGACGCUUUUCCUUCCUGAUAACUUACGUAGAAGUCAGCAAUGAAACCCGGCCUUCAGUAGCUGAAACCAGUGAUAAAAACAUCAAGAAAUGAGCCCGGGAUUGAUGAUUUUCUCCCAUGGGGUUUAAAGAAGCACGCGUGACAGACACCAGAGCUACUGGUGUAGAGGAAGCAGAUGCGCCGCGUGUGGCACGGAGACCCGUCCUUCUGGGCCGUCCCGUGCCCGAACGUUCGGAAGGACUUUGCCUGACCCGUCCUGAAACACAGGUUUUGGCUGGAGAUGAAGUUGAAGUCCGUAACUGAUCAGAAUCCACGAGGAAUUCACAGCAGGAUGGCAUUAAGCACCCCUCAGAGCUCAGGGUGAUAGAUUUUGAAAGGCCGUUGUGAUUUAGGCUUCCAUUCUCUUGUGUGAGAGAUGAAGAGGGAUUAUCUUAUUCCUUAAUUAAAAAUGGGGAUUUGUGAAAUUCCUCUCACCGCUUCCCCACUCGGUGGAACAGGCUCACAUGGCUCCGUCCCAAGUUCUGGCGCCUUGCCACGCCGUGUCCCUGGGAAUAAAUCUCUGCCCAGCAGUCGCCAAGAAUAAUUGAGUUCUGCAGACUUAUCCUUAUUAGUGGAAUCCCGUGUGUUUUUUCCCUUGCACAGACUUAUUAGAAUUGAUUAGAGAACCGUUCAGAGGUAACACUGCCACUAGAAUAUUUUCAAGGAAAAAACAAACACAAUCAAAUGUAAAGCAGUGGGGCUUGCCAAGAAAGAUGCUACAUUUUUAGUGCCAGGAAAACUCCACAUAACAGAAAUUAUUUUGUACAUCUCUCUUGGACUUCAAGGGUUUUAGAUUUCAAUGUAAAGCGGUUUACAAAUUAAACAACAACCCAGAAAAAUACACUUGGAGAGUUGGAGAGAGGAAAGUAAAACUGCAGUGAAAAGCAUGCUAGCGGAAUAAGCAGGAUUGACUCCUCGGACAGCACACUUUGAUUCCAAGCAUCCACAGAUUUUUUUUUGCCCUUAAGGUUGCUGAAUCUGGUGGAGAUUGAAUGGAUUUCACAGCGCCGCAAGCCUCAAAUUUCAAAAUACUCAGAACCAUACACAGAGGACGGCACGACAGCACGGGGUGACACCCAAGCCAGCCGAGGGCUGGUGCCUUCCAGAGAGUGAAGGACUGUGGGAACUUGGUAAAUCCCGGGGUCUGGGAAGGGAGCCGAAAGGACCAGGAGGGAGCUUGCUGCCCGCAGUCUGCAGUCAUCAGCACGGCCUGGAUGCCCCAGACAUCCCCAGGACACUGGGCAACUCUUCCUACCAAGUGCGUAGCACACCCUAUUCCUCAAGGACUUCCCCAAGGGACCAUUGAUCAAAGAAGAAGUGCGAGGCAAGGGGAAGCUCGCUUCGCAGCAUAUUUAGGGCAUGGCUGUUGUCAUAAAUCUAGAGGCACAGGACUCCUGGAGCAGGACACGUGCCCGAGUGUGGAUUCAGGCUGUGGCCUGGAAGUUCGUAGGGCGAAAGAUGGCGGCCCGAGAGGUGUCCCCCAGUUCCCUUUGGGGUCUAAGCAUCCAGGAAGGGGGCAGUCCCUGCUCUCAGCCUUUCCACCCUCCUCUCAGGGAGGCCCCUGCGUGCACCCGAGGCCUGCCCAGGGUCAGUGUGGAGCCCAGGAGUCUGCACUGCAGUGAGCCCUUGGAUUGGGCCAGCGCUCUGGGCCAGUCAGUCGGCCAGGGUCCCUGGGAGUGGGUGAAGGCCUCUGCCACGGUGCGGGAGGUGGACGCAGAGCAAAGGCGAGGCCCCUGUGACGCUGUGUGUCCCGGGGCGGGUCAUCCAGUGACCUGGGUUCCUCACGGGUGUGCUGAGAAGUCACCGUACCCCCAGUAAUGGCAGUGGCUUCUCCGCUCCGGCCGGCUUCCCUGGGGUCUCUUGUGAUCAGAUGUGACACCGGAUACCCAGGCCCUCUCGGAUGUGCUACUCUGGCUUGCACAGUGCCUGUGCUUGUAAAGAGGACACAGGAGGCAGCCCCUGGCGACAGACACAGGUCUCAGCUCCGGAAACCACAGCGGCAGAAGAGGGAGACUUCCCCGUACAGACGGAGCAGGAUUUGAACAACAUCAGCUGGGAAAAGUACAGUGCCACGCACGGUGCCUGCGGCUGGCAGCCGGACCAUAGGCGGUGUGAUCCCAAAGUAUGGCGAAUGUUUAAAAGUCUUUACGUUUAUGAUAGUAAAAGAUGCAUUGUCAUUAAGUCCCCGCAAAAUCCUCCCCCUCGCUUCCCACACACGCGUCCCCCCGGCCUGGCCACUUCCCGCAGCAGCUCUGGAGGCCUCUUCCUGAGGGUCUUUAGCUGCACUGUCACAGCUGCCUCAGUGUCCUGAAUCGAUUCAAAGCGUUUCCCGUCCACGGUCAUUUCAUCUUUGGAGAACAGGCAGAAGCUGCACGGUGCCAGGUAUCAUCAAUAAGGCGGAGGAGGACGGAGCGUCGUGUUUUUAUGAGCUGCCUUUCCGCUGGGUGGUGCUCAGCAGCAGUCACUGUAUUUUUGAUCACACCUCCCAAACACACUCAGGGAAGAGGACUCCAGAGCUGCUGCAGAAAGUGGCCGGGACAGUGGGGAAAGUAUGUUUGGACGGAGGGGGGAGAUGAACAAAUCAAGUAGGGAUCUAUUAAUCUAUAUAAAAAUCACACAAAAUAAAAUUUCUGAACAAUUCUUUAUGCACUCUCGUGGUUUUUGUUGGUCCAGGUGUAAGACUGGGAUCUGGAGUUUUUUCUUUCUGCUUUCUAGAUUGUGGGUGUGACAUCUCAUAGCGGUGACCCCGUGCUAGGAAGACCACAGAGGGUUUGCUAAUCAAACGCUGCCUUGCUGUUACCUACAGUGCCGAAUUUCCUAUUGUUUCUGUUAAUUUGCACUGUUAAGUAUUCUGGAAGUUUAAAUGCCUGUGGAGGUGCCGGCUCUGAUGGAAAAGCUUCGAGCCAGACGCUGAAUUCGUCAAAGAUACCAGAAGCACUGCUUUGCAAAAUGUAUUUUGUGUCUAUCUCGGGUUUACAUCCUUGACUAUAUGAUCCUUAAGUGUAACUUGUUUUUCUGAAAAAGCUUAAAACUAUUUUAUAUUUUCCUUUUGGGAGUCAUCUCUAUUUCCAAGACCCUGAAGUGGCAUUAGUUAAAAUUGUGAUCAGAGGGAGACACGGUACAGAAGUGUCCAGUCCAUUGUAGAAGCGGCUCUGUAGCCAUGGAUGUGUAUCCUAACAAUCGUGCCCUUCAGAACUGGAGUUUUCUAAAAUAAUCUUAUUUUUAUACUUGUAUGUUCCACUGAUUUCAGAUGUCUACCAUGGGGAAGGACAUAAACCAUGUGGGAUUAUUUGAAUAAAUAAUACUUCUCACUUGU